UCACAAUCUUAUCGAACGUCAGCUACACCACAAAAGGAACAGCAUUUUUACUGUGAAACAUUGACUGGAUAUCGUUGUUUUUGAAAAAUCAGCGGAAUUUAUUAAAAAGUGUUGUGAUUUUGAAAAUAUUAUACCGUUUUACCGUAAAAAGGCAAUGCUGAUAUACCACACAAGAUGGAGCUGAGAUUGCUCGUUGCAAUUGUAUUUAUUGUCUCUGGAUCUCAAGUCGAUGCUCAAAAUGGUGAUAGAUGUAGGUACAUGACCAACAUUCCAAGGGAAUCCAGGCCUGAUGACUUACCGGAACUUGUAGCAGAAGGAGAUACAUGGAGCGACAGACCUUUCCUGCCCGGUACUGAGGCUGAAGAAGUUUGUUUUGAACAAUAUAGAGCAAAUGUCAACAUUCAAGUAAUAUUUAUGGAUGAAGAGAACGUGGGAGAAGUACCCAUAGCGAAACUGAAUUAUCAAGGAGAUAAGACACCCACUAUUGUUCUUCCCCUCACUGCUGGAUCUUUCAAUUUGUUGCGACCAGAAUUGAAAAAAGAAAAUAAUUCUUGGUUUCUUUACGUGACUCAAAGACAGGACUAUGAAACGUUAGAAAGUGCUUUAUAUAUCCUGAGAAUACAGAUAGAAAAUGAAGUGUUGGAAGGACAAAUAUCUCUAUGGAUUGUAAACAUUGACGACAAUCCUCCUAUCAUACACUUGCUGGAUGCCUGCGUCGUGCCGGAACUAGGAGAUCCUCGUUUGACAAAUUGUACAUACGAGGUAACAGACAUAGAUGGUAGAAUCAGUACCAGCAACAUGACCUUCAAGAUUGGUAGCGAUCGUGAUGAUGAAAAUUUUUUCUAUUUCAUCGGAGAACCUGAUACAAGCAACUGGAACAGAAUGACCACGACUCUUGGAAUAAAUAGAGCACUAGAUUUUGAAGCCAGCGCCCUUCAUAUAUUUACAGUUACAGCACUCGAUUCUUUAAAUAACAACCACACCGUCACGAUGAUGGUCCAAGUGCAGAACGUUGAACAUCGUAUGCCUCGUUGGGUAGUUAUAUUCGCGGUGCAACAAAUCGACGAGCUGAAGGCUGGGAAUUUUAAUGUUAGGGCAAUAGAUGGCGACACUGGUAUCAACAAGCGGAUUUUAUACAAAAUAGAAACGGAAAAAGGUGAAGAAAACCUAUUUGACAUUACAAAUAUAGAAGGUGGCUAUAGCGGAGGAAUUUUUCAAAUUAAUCCAAUCGACAGAGACGCAUUAGAAAAAGAACUAUUUCAAGUUACUCUGACAGCGUACAAAUAUGAUAACGAGACGUUCUCUACGUCAACCAACGUAGUUAUAAGGGUCAAUGACAUAAAUAACAAGAAACCAGAACCCCUACACUCUGAAUACAACAUCGCCAUAGCCGAGGAAACACCUCAAACAUUAUAUUUCGACAAGGAAUUUGGAUUUCACGAUAGAGAUUUGGGUCCGAAUGCUCGAUAUACAGUCCACUUAGAGAGCGUCUACCCUGACGGCGUCGCUGAUGCUUUCUUUAUACAGCCGGAGACAGGAUAUCAGAGACAAAUCUUCAUUAUGGGGACCUCAAAUCACAGUAUGCUGGACUUUGAAGUGGAAGAAUUUCAACAUAUACAAAUUAAGGUAGUAGCCACCGACAUAGAUAAACCCGAUUUUAUAGGAGUAGCGAUUGUAAACAUCGAUUUAACUAACUGGAACGACGAGUUACCUAUCUUUAGUGAAGGCAAUCAGAUCGUGUCGUUCAAUGAGACUGAGGGCGAAGGGUUCAGGGUGGCUCAAGUUCUGGCUCGGGACAGAGAUAUCGGCGACAGGGUUAUCCACAGUGUCUUGGGUAAUGCACAAAACUUUCUACGAAUAGACAAUGAAACAGGAGAAAUUUUCGUCUCUAAGAAUAAUAGUUUUGAUUAUCAGAGACAAAGCGAAAUAUUUGUUCAGGUGCUAGCCGAGGACACAUUGGGCGAGCCGUACAACACUGCCACAUCACAGCUCGUUAUACGACUGAAGGACAUAAAUAACACACCACCGAGCUUGAGACUACCCCGAGGGAGCACACAAGUACAGGAGAACGUGGCAGCGGGUUACGUUAUAAACGAUCAGCCUGAGCAGUUCAUAACAGCGACUGACCCCGACACCACCGCCAACCUGACCUUCCUGAUCAUAUGGGAGACAUCCUACGCUAUGAAACGAGGCACGGAGACUGACAAGGACGAGAUCGAAGGGUGCUUGGAUAUAGUGACGUCAUAUGUGAACGAUAAUAAAGGCCAGGCAGUCGGUCGCCUGGUGGUGAAGGAGAUAAGGCCCAACGUGACCAUAGACUACGAGAAGUUCGAGGUGUUGUACCUGACGGUGAGGGUUGUGGAUACCGAGACGGAAAUUGGAGAACCUUAUGACGAAUUAACUUUCACGAUCACGAUUCUGGACAUGAACGACAACCCACCCGUGUGGGUGAACGGUACCCUGGAACAGACCCUCAGGGUACGGGAAAAGUCGGGAGCCGGCACCAUUAUAGGUACCGUUACAGCCACUGAUGCAGACGGCCCACAGUAUAACCAAGUUAGAUAUACCAUUGUUCCCAGGGAAGAUACGCCAGAAGACUUGGUGAAGAUCGACUUCGACUCUGGUCAGCUGGCUGUGGACAGAUCUGGUGCCAUCGACGCUGACGAGCCGAGAGACAAGCUGUACUACACCAUCCUGGCCAGCGAUAGAUGCUCCCAACCAGAUAACACCACCUGCGGACCUGACUCCACUUACUUUAUUACGGAGGGCAAGGUAACGAUACAAAUUAUUGACACCAACGAUCAAAUUCCAAGGGCCAGAACCGACAGAUACAAUACCACGGUUUAUAUACACGAGAACGCUGAACCUGGGAAGGAAGUGGUCACUCUAGUAGCUGAAGACGGCGACAGAGAUGUUAUGUACAACACCAUACGCUAUCAAAUCAAUUACGGUGUGAAUAUGCGCCUCAAUGACUUCUUUGCCAUCGAACCUGAGUCCGGUCGUGUCUACGUUCACUACACCACCCACGAAGUCCUCGACAGAGACGGCAACGAACCAACACACAGGAUAUUCUUUACAUUGAUUGAUAACUUCAAUUUUCAAGGAGACGGAAAUCGCAACCAAAAUACGACAGACAUUGAGGUGAUAUUGUUGGACGUCAAUGAUAACGCACCGCAGCUGCCAUUGCCUAAUUUUAUUUGGUCGAUAUCAGAGAACGCGCAGCAGGGUAUAAGACUUAACCCUGGCAUAUUUGCCGAGGACCGAGACGAACCCAACACGGACAACUCCCGAGUUGGUUACGAGAUCACCAACUUGACUCUCACAAACAGAGACAUCACUCCACCAGAACUCUUCACCGUCAUGCACGUCUUUAUAUCUGAUAAUAUUUACAACGUUUCCGCUGAAUUAGAAGUAGUAAGACUUUUGAAAGGAUUUUGGGGAAAUUAUGACAUUGGUAUCCGUGCCUUCGAUCAUGGCGUCCCUCGAAUGGAAUCCAGCGAAAUUUACCAAAUCACUAUAACACCAUACAAUUUCGAAUCACCCAAGUUUGAAUUCCCAUUAGACGCCGCUACUCUAAGAUUUUCAAAGGAACGUGCGCUAGUGAACAGUGUUUUAGUACUGGCCACCGGUGAGCUAUUGGAACGAGUGAGUGCCUCUGAUUCUGACGGAUUGCAGGCUGGAGAAGUCACCUUCGAGGUGGUGGGAGAUGAGCUAGCCAGUGAGCACUUCCGGAUGUUGAACAACGGGGAUAACAUAGGAACGCUUUUAUUGACGCAACCGCUACCAACAGACCAACAGAUUAUACAGUUUGAGCUUAAAUUGAGAGCUACAGACGGAGGAUUGGACCCCGGACCCCUCUCCAGCGAAGUAACCGUCAAAGCGGUUUUCGUGCCAACUCAAGGAGAACCAAUAUUCCCAUCGUCCACGGCAAGCGUCGCUUUUGUUGAGAAGGAAGUGGGGCUAACCGAAAGACAACAACUGCCACUGGCCGAGGAUCCGAAGAACCAUCUAUGUGACAAAGAUUGCAGGGAUAUUUACUACGCUAUCAUCAGUGGCAACAACGACGGUAUCUUUGCACUGGAUCCUGUAACCAACGUGCUCACUCUGAACAAAGCGCUCAAUCGUUCGGAGAGCGAAUCACACGUAUUACGAGUGGCCGCCAGUAACGAAAAAAAUAUUUCACCAUCUUUGGCUACAUCCGUGAUUAUUGUAACAGUUAAUGUUCGCGAAGCAAAUCCUCGUCCUUACUUCCUAAGAUCACUGUACACUGCUGGGAUAUCUACACAGGAUUCUGUUAAUAAGCAGCUUUUCACUGUAUCGGCGACGCAUUCAGACGGGGCGCAAAUCACUUACUCAAUAGAUUUUUCCUCCAUGCAAGUCGAUCCAAGCCUCAACAAUGUACGGAACACCGCAUUCAUCCUUAACUCUAACACUGGGUUAAUGACCCUCAAUAUACAGCCAACAGCCAGCAUGCAGGGAAUGUUUGAGUUUAACGUACUCGCGACUGAUCCACAGGAAGCGUUCGACACAUCGGCUGUAAAGAUCUAUGUCGUGUCAUCGCGGAACAGAGUCUCAUUUCUAUUCCUCAACAUGCUCCAACAGAUCGAGCAAAUGACAGACUUUAUAGCGUCAACCUUCACUUCUGGCUUUAAUAUGACAUGUAACAUUGACCAAGUGUUGCCGGCGACGGAUGAGGCAGGAUCUACCAGGGACAACGUCACUGAAGUACGCGCACACUUCAUAAAAGAUGACGUACCUGCUGAGGCUAGCGUCAUUGAGGCGCUCCGCGGGGACAUAUCGCGUCUGCGUUUGAUCCAAGGAACGUUGAUCUCCAAAGAGUUGGUGCUGCAAGACCUGGUGACAGACAUCAGCCCCUCAGAGCUGGCGGACGGACGGGCUCUGCUCUACACCUUAGCAGCAGUAGCCGGUGUGAUGACGAUUCUUCUACUGGUCACUAUUGUGGUCUACUUCUGGAGGACCAGAGUACUCAACCGUCGCCUGCAAGCGCUGUCGAUGACCAAGUACGGCUCCCAGGACUCUGGACUGAAUCGUUUGGGUCUAGCGGCGCCGGGAACUAAUAAACAUGCGGUGGAAGGAUCCAACCCCAUAUGGAAUGAAUCUAUCAAGGCGCCCGACUUCGAUGCCCUCAGUGAAACGUCUGAUGAUUCCGAUCUAAUCGGUAUCGAGAACCUGGAACAGUUCCGAGACGACUACUUCCCCCCGGUUGGUUCGGACUCGGCGGAGGGAGUUACAAACACAGAGCCGGUGUCGACGCAUCUUAAUAAUUUUGGAUUCAACCCUACCCCCUUCACCCCCGAGUUCGCUAACAAACCGCGACAAUAUAAGAUUUGAUAUAAAUACUAUAAAUGUUGUAUUAUAGUGUAAAUAUUUAUUUUACUACGGUAUUGAUAUGAUAUUAAAUAAAAAAUAUUUUAGCCAUUUACAAAA